AUGGCAUCGAGUGAUUUGGAGUCGAUCGACUCACAGUUCGACCCUCAGGCAUACGUCCCUGAGGAGAACGAGGACGCUCAAUCGGAGCUCAGCACCACGGUUUCCAGAGCGCAGACGAAUAACAGCGUGAGACUGGUGCCCACAGAGACGGUCAAGUCGCUGCAGUCGAUGGGAGUGCAGAGCAGCGCACCAAUACCUGACUACAAUGCUCCGCAGAACAUCCAGAACCCAAUGUUCCCAGAGGAGUACACCCUGGAGACCCCAACUGGUUUGGUUCCCGUGGCGACUUUGCAAAACAUUGGUAGAACGACGACGAAUCUGUCAAGGGUCAGAACCGCACACAUUGAAGGUGUAAGUUCGAACGAGUUGGAGGAGUCGUCGUCGUCUACGGAGAAGCAGGAUAAGUUACAGGACCUGGAUCCAGAGAUCGAGUUUGUCACUUUCCUUACAAAUGACCCGGAAAACCCACACAACUGGCCAACCUGGAUCAGAUGGGUUUACACCAUCAACCUGUCCAUCUUGGUCAUUUCCGUGGCGUUCGGUUCCUCGUGUGUCACGGGUGGUUUGGGCCUCAUCAACGAUAAAUUCGGAGUCUCCACGGAGGUGUCCACCCUGACCUGUUCGUUGAUGGUGUUGGGAUUCUCCAUUGGACCUUUGCUUUGGUCGCCAUUGUCCGAGCAGAUUGGUAGACAGCCGGUUUACUUCAUCUCGUUGUUGCUGUACGUCAUCUUUAACAUCCCAUGUGCUGUUGGUAAAAACAUUGGUACCAUUCUGGUUUGUCGUUUCCUGUGUGGUGUUUGGGCUUCUUCCGGUUUGUCACUUGUUGGUGGUUCCAUCGCCGAUAUGUUCCCAGCUGAGACCCGUGGUGAGGCAAUUGCCUAUUUCGCCUUUGCCCCUUACUGUGGUCCUGUGUUUGGUCCUUUGGUCUGUGGUUGGAUUAACAUCAAGACCGGGAGAUACGACAUCAUCAUUUGGGUCAACAUGGCCUUUGCAGGUGUCAUGUGGAUUCUGGCAUCUUUGGUUCCAGAGACAUAUGCUCCAGUGAUCUUGAAAAAACGUGCUAAACGUCUUAGAAAAGAAACUGGUAACCCAAAGAUCAUGACAGAACAGGAGGCUCAAGGGUUGUCAUUGAAAGAGUUAAUCGAGUCUUGUCUCGUUAGACCACUUUACUUUGUCGUCACAGAGCCUGUGUUGGAUCUCAUGUGCUUCUACGUCUGUCUUAUCUACGCAUUGCUUUAUGCGUUCUUCUUUGCAUACCCUGUGAUCUUUAACGAGUUGUACAACUACAACGAUGCAUACAUUGGCCUUAUGCUCAUUCCAAUCUUGAUUGGUGCAUGUAUGGCUUUGGGUACAACUCCAGUCUUGGAGAAGCAAUACGUUAAAAUGACGCACAGAAGAAAGGCCACUCCAGAGGAUCGUCUUGUUGGUGCUAUGCUUGGUGCUCCAUUUGCUGCAAUUGCACUGUGGAUCUUGGGUGCCACUUCUUACAAGCACAUCAUCUGGGUGGGUCCAGCUUCUAGUGGUAUCGGAUUCGGCUAUGGUAUGGUGCUUAUCUAUUACUCAAUCAACAACUACAUUAUUGAUUGUUAUGCCGUUUACGCAUCUUCUGCGUUGGCCACGAAGGUGUUCUUGAGAAGUGCCGGUGGUGCUGCUUUCCCAUUGUUUACGCCCCAGAUGUAUAGAAAGCUGGGUUUGCAAUGGGCAAGUUGGUUGUUGGCAUUUAUCGCUACUGCUAUGGUUGCAAUUCCAUUUGCUUUCUACUUUUACGGUAAGACUUUAAGAGCUAAGUUGUCCAAGAAGAAUUACUCCUUGGAUGAUGAGCCAUAA